UGUCAAGAUGCCGAGCAUAUUUGCGUACCAGAGUGCCGAGGUCGACUGGUGCGAAAAGAACUUUGAGAAAUCGGAGUACAUCGCAGAAUACUACAACACGUUCAGCAGUAUAUCUUUUUUCAUCAUGGCACCUCUAACUUUCUGGAUCAACAUCGAUUAUGACAAGUACCGUCCCUUCGCACUCCGAACAAACAUCCUUCUACAGAUUUUGAUCGGCAUCUUCUCCAUUUAUUUCCACCUGACGCUCAGCUAUGCAGGGCAGAUGCUGGAUGAACUCUCCAUCCUGUGGACGUUGAGCAUCAGCUACGGCUUUUGGUUUCCUGUGCAUCAUUUCCCGCGAUUCAUCAAAAACAGGGAACAGUUCCUGUGGAUGGUGGGCUUUGUGACCGUCGUGAGCACCCUCAUGUCUUUUGUGAAACCGGUCCUCAACGCCUACGUGCUCAACUGUAUCACCUUACACAUCUUCUACACAAUGUUCAAGGAACAACAAAAGAAUAAGAAUCCCCGGGUGUGCAUUGUGGCUAAGAGGCUGGUCGUGUGGUGGCUCGUCGCCAUCAGCUUUUGGCUCAUUGACAAAUUUUUAUGCAACCUCUGUCUGAAGUUCAACUUUUACUACUUUCACAGCUUGUGGCACAUUUUGAUGAGCGUGGCUGUCUGCUACUGCCUGGUGCUGAUCUUGUACUACGAUGUGCUGUCUGAUGUGCCAAGCUAUGAACCCGAACUCCAGUAUUGGCCCAGUGAUACCAGCUUCUUCACCCUGCCGUGCGUCAAGAUCCGGAAUUCACAAAAGUUGUGCUAA